CAUAAACAUCCUUAUCCACAUAUAUAUAUAACAACAAGCAUAACACAAACACUCGAAAAAUAACAAUUGGAUCAGAGGUAAACCAUACCGGAUCUGAAAAAAUGGCGGACGAAGUGAUUCUUCUUGAUUACUGGCCAAGCAUGUUCGGGAUGAGGACAAAGAUGGCUUUGGCUGAGAAAGGAGUCAAGUAUGAGUACAAGGAAACGGAUCCAUGGGUUAAGACUCCUUUGCUCCUCGAGAUGAACCCCAUUCACAAGAAGAUCCCUGUUCUCAUCCACAACGGUAAACCCAUAUGUGAGUCUCUUAUCCAGCUUGAGUACAUCGAUGAGGUUUGGUCCCAUACAUACCCUAUCCUUCCCUCUGAUCCUUACCACAAGUCUCAAGCUCGGUUCUGGGCUGAUUUCAUCGACCGCAAGUUUUACGACCCAUCAUGGAAGAUAUGGGCAACAAUGGGGGAAGAACACGCAGCAGCGAAGAAGGAACUGUUGGAACAUUUCAAGACACUUGAAACAGCGCUGGGAGACAAGCCUUAUUAUGGUGGUCAAGUGUUCGGAUACCUGGACAUUGCAUUUAUGGGAUACUACAGCUGGUUCAAGGCCAUGGAGAAAUUUGGUGAGUUCAGUAUCGAAACAGAGUUUCCUAAAUUGACUACGUGGACCAAGAGGUGUUUGGAAAGAGAGAGUGUGGUCAAGGCAUUAGCUGAUUCUGAUAGGAUCAUUGAGUAUGUUUAUGUCUUGAGGAAGAAAUUUGGAGCAUGAGCCAUCUUUUCAUGUGUUGUAUAGAAGAAAAUGGUUGGGGGGUAUUAAGAAGAGUCUGAUUAUAUUGUGUGUGUUUCUGUUUUAUGCAAGAUUUGUACUUUUCUCCUGUUGUUUUGGUCAAACGCUCAAAGCAUUGUACAACCGUAAUAAAAAUGUUCACGGCACCUUUUUCGUUACCA